UCUCAACAUUCCGGAUCCAGAAAGACUUACGGGGAGUGUUCAGAUUGUAAAAGGCAGCGAAUUGCGGUUGCAUGGUUUAAAUGCUAAAAGUUGUAUGGACUGUCUUGAAUGGAUUGAAUUUGACCAUUUUGACUUGAUAGAGAAUAUAAAUAAACGAGGAGCCUUCAGCUCAAUUUAUUCCGCAGUAUGGAUGGAAGGUCCAAGGUGGAAUUUAGAUGAAGAGGCAGAAAUAUGGACUCGAAGUGGCCCCAUCAAGGUUAUUUUAAAACGAUUAAAUAAUUCUCAGAAUAUGAGUCAAGAAUUUGUGAAUCAGUUGUACAGAUAUUAUAAAUGCUUGCAAAGUGGAGCACUUGCAGAAUGUUUUGGUGUAACCAAAGAUCCAACGGCAUGUUACAUGUUCGUUAUGAGGUAUUACAAAAACGGGAAUUUAUACAUGUAUCUUGAAGAAACUAUGGGAAUUCUUUGUUGGAGAGAUAUUGUAGAUAUGUUAUGGUCAAUAUCCGCAGGUCUAAAUUUUAUUCAUGGACAUGGUCUUGUUCAUGGAAAUUUACACGGAGGAAAUAUACUAGUCGAGUGUGACGUGAACUCGAUUGAUACUAAAAUCACAGAUACCGGAUUGCACUUGCCUGCUGAUAAAUUGAUGUCAUUUCAACAAAUUUAUGGCGUAAUACCUUUCGUUGCUCCGGAGAUUUUUAACAAAAAUUUGCUAACUAAAGCCUCCGAUAUUUAUAGCUUUGGCAUGAUCAUGUGGAUGUUGUCAGCUGGUGUACGUCCUUAUUAUGAUAGACCUCAUGAUAAACAACUUAUUAAAGAAAUCUGUUCGGGUUUAAGACCAAGUAUUGUCAAUGGGACUCCAGCUGUUUAUUCUAGAUUAAUGUUUCAGUGCUUAGAUGUUAAUCCAUUAAACAGGCCAGCAGCAUCUCAACUUCAUGAAUGCUUUGGAAAUUGGAUCUCAGAAAUUUGUGAUAGUCCUGAUCCAUCCGAUUUAUCUAAUCAAUUUGAUGCUGCCGAAGAAAUCAAAUUUUCAAAUUUAAAAAAUUUUGAUUUUAACAUAGCACAAUGUCAUGAAAUGGCUAUUUAUUGUAGUCGCCCAUUAUUAGAUCAUGCUUAAAAUCGCAUUUUUUACUUUUUUAUUUUCGAUUCUAAUUAAUUUAUAAAUCCUUUUUUAUCAUUAUUUAUUCGCUUUAUCGUAAACACAAACAUCACAAACUCAAACUUAAUAUUAGAAAUAUUUCUUAGACUUUUUAAA